CCAAGGAGAUGGCCUUGUUAGCCUUCAAUCUGGCUCUUACUUAAGCUGUCUAACUUCCUUUAUUUGGUGUUUUAGAAUAUCUGGUUCUUGGUGUUUAUGGGAUCUUUGCCAACUUCUCGUCCAAAGCGUGGGGAUCACAGGGUCAAGGUUGGUUCUUGUCAUUGUGAAGCUGGUUGAAAGGUACGACCUACUACUUGCCCCAACUACACAAUAUUUCUUUUGCAGGUUGCUGGGAUCGCAGGUGUUUCAGUUCGCUAGGUCUCACAGCUUUAUGGAUUGGUGCCUCCUAUUCUCACUGAGCUGGGAAAGAUUGCUACGCAAAGGUGCGGUAAACUUUUUUCUGUUGAAAAGGGCCACAAAAGCCUACUAUUUUGGAGGGAAACGAGUGUGAAAAACAUAGCUAGCACUACCAAACUGAUUAUGGAAAGUCAAGCCAUCGAAAGGCAAAAGCUAGAUGAUGCAAACUCGAGACAGAUUCUUAAUCCAGAACCAGCAACGCUGCUGCCCUACAGGAAAUAAUGCUGUUGGUGUCUGGCAACGUAACACAUAAACUUCUUCUUGGAUCAGUUGGGACCGUCCAAGACAACAAAGUUGCACAUAGGUUAAGGAAAUGUUUGAAGUUUGAACAUAAAAGAUAAAAGUCAACUUUAUUUAUUUUAGAGAACCGGAAUUGAUGAACCGAACAGAACCGAACCAAACAUCUGAAAUUGAUUGUAGUGAUGAACCAGAGUUUUUUUAACCGAAAAAAAAAUGGCCUCACGAAUCGAGAAACCAGUCUCUUCUUCUUCUUCUUCUUCACUUGCCGGAGAAGAUGGAUUCGAUUUGUUGUUUCCGACCGAAUCAAUCUUGUCUUAGAAUUUCAGUUUUGCCUGCUUUCUGCAUAAGUACUCUUUCCGCCGUCAAUCGUUUCCGUUCAACGACGAGUCUUCGUUUUCGAUUUCCGGCGCCGCCGUUUCCUCGGAUUCCAAACUCUUCCUUCGUGACUCACGCGAAGAAGAGUAAGAGGAAAACAAGUAUCGUUGAACCUAAUCCGAAUAAAGUCGAAGAAUCUCUCUUUCAAGAUGAUGAAGAAGAAGAAGAUGAGCUACUUCUUCCCGAAGAGAUUCAAGACGAGUUACUAACGGAUGGUGAAUACGACGAAGACGACGAUGACUUUGAAUUCGAUGAGAGCGAUGAGGAAGAACUCUAUGCUGGAGAUGGAGGAGGUGGAGGAGGCAUUAAACUUGCUGGAACGUUAUGGGACAAAGAAGCAUUGGCAUUAGCUGAGAGCGUAUGCGAGUCUUUUGAUGGGGAGUUAGGCAUUUAUGCCUUCAAGACUCUGCCUAAUUCAACCAUACAAGUGAGAAUCGAGCGGCUCACUACCAAGUUUGGUUCCCCAACGAUGGAAGAUAUUGAAGCAUAUUCAACAAUCUACAGAGCAAAGUUGGCUGAAGCUGAACUCGCCAAGUCUAUACCGGACAAUAUCUCUCUAGAGGUUUCAUCUCCUGGUGUCGAAAGGGUGGUAAGAGUUCCGCAGGAUCUUGAUCGGUAUAAGGAUAGGCCCAUGUAUGUGAGGUACACUAACGAGGACAGUGAGACUGAAGGUGAUGGUAUUUUCAGGCUGGUUUCUUUUGAUGUGGAAACCAAAAGAUGUGUUUGGGGGAUAGCUGACAUUCGAGUAAACCGAGAAAAGGCAGGCAAAGGCAGACCUUUGAUCAAGAAGCAAAGAGAAUGGCGACUCGAUACGGCUUUCGAGUCUCUACGGUUAGUCCGUUUGCAUUCUGAAUGUUGAGAGAACACAGUAAUAAUGGAAUUGCCUUUUAGUUUAUAUUAAAAUCUCAAUAGAAAGUCUAUUACAACGAUACGUAAUAGAUUAGACACGA